UCCUUUUGCCCCCUUUUGAUCUGCAAGCCGGACUUUUUGGCUUUGGUCGGCGUGCAUGUCAAUUUCCAACCUUCUUUCCCUUCUUUCCCUUCUUUCUCUUCCAUUUUCUUUAAUCCCAUAAAUAAAAUGUAAAUUAUUGCGUCCCCAAUUGUUGGAUUGUUCAACCUUUUUGGUGGGCCUUUGGUUUUAAUCUUAUACAAAUUAAAAACUGCCUCUGGGUUUUGUUCAAUACUUUCUUUCUCUCUAUUGGGAUCGCGAUUUUUCCUCUGAUUUCUUUUUUUGUUUUUGAUUUGUGGGUUCUCUCUCCAAAACGAUUUGCUGGCUUUUUGAAAUUUUGAUGGUUGAUGCUUGAUUGAGUUUCCUUUUGGACUGCUUUGGAGGAUUGAAAUUUACGCACUCAAGACGGUUAAUUUAUCCUAUGAGCUUGGUUUUGUUGUGACAUUGGCUGUAAUGGGAACUUCAUCUGUUGAACCACGUACUGAAAGAAGUCUUUUUACUUCUUUGUUGUCUGCUGUUUCUGAAUGGCUGCUGAUAUGUAUGCUUUUUGUGGACUCUAUAUUCUCAUUCUUCAUCACAAAAUGUGCUCAAAUUUGGAAAUUGCGCACCCCGUGCCUGCUAUGUUCAAGACUUGAUCAUAUUUUUGGCUCUGAGAAAAGGGGGUAUCUUUGGAAAUUAAUUUGUAGCAAACAUAAGCUGGAGCUUUCAUCCUUGGUACUUUGCCAUGCCCACAACAAACUUGUGAAUGUUCAUGAAAUGUGUGAAAGCUGCCUUUUUUCAUUUGCAACGAUCAAUCAGUCGAAUUCUGAGACUUACAGAUUAUUGGUUGGGAAAAUGGGGGAUGAUCCCUAUCCUGGUAUUGACAGAGAUCCUUUGCUUGGGGGUCAAAAAUAUGAUACUUUGAGCCAAAAAUUUUGUUCAUGUUGUAAGGAGUUGUAUGUUCCAAGAGGGCUUGGUCAGAGCUUAAUCCAGGCCCGAUCAAGUGGAUUGGAGGCCGAGGAUCUCGAUGUUCCCUUGUCGAGUUCUGUUGCCCAUUGUGAGGAAGAUUGCCAUGAGUCUUCAAGCAAUCCUUUACCUCAUGUUCAAUACAGAGAACUGAAGAUUAUCUCAGACACAGAAUCUGAUGGAAAUGGAAGCAUUUUGGGGAUUGAAAUGGCCAAUUCGGCUAAUUCUAAGGAUGAUCUCACCGUUCAAGAUGUGAAUAUGGAGCCUAACUUCAUUUCUCUGGCCAGUAAUUUAACCUCGACGAAACUAGUAGAGCUAGCUUCGGCGCCUGAACCAUUGGUCUUAGAGCCACUAGUAACACCUCAUGUACAACACAGAGAGCUGAAGAUUACGUCAGACACAGAAUCUGAUGGAAAUGGAAGCACUUUGAGGGUUGAGACGACCAAUUCUAAGGAUGAUCUUACCGUUCAAGGUGUUAAUACGGAGCCUAACGUCAUUUCUCUUGCUGGUAAUUUAACCUCGAUGAAACUAGUAGAUCCAGCUUUGGCGCCUGAACCAUUGAUCUUAGAGCCACUAGUCUUAUUAGACAAUCCACUGCCUCCUAUAGAAUGUGGUGUCUCGAUUGGGCAUGGUCUGGAUGAAUUGACUCCAAAGCAUGUGGAAGUUAAUGAGGUUUUCUCUUCACCAACUGAUAUCCUUCCCCCUGACAGUAUGGCUCCUUCUUCAAACACAAUAGCAACCCCUGUUGAAGUUGUGGAAGAAAACUAUGUUACUAGAAGUGAGGAAUACGAAAUGGAAAUCAGAGGAACCGAGAAGGCUGAAAUCUUGCCGACGAAAGCAACGUCCGAAGCAGGUUCCGAAGCCCAACCUGUUUCAAGUGAUGCUGUUCAGAUGGCGCCCAAUAUGUUAGAGCUUGGCGAUGCAUAUAAGCUAGCUGUAGGCACUAGAGGAGGAAGACAAUUGUCUGGCAAGCUUUCGGAACAAUGGAUCGGGAAGGAAUCUUCAAAAGUUAGUGAAGAUCUGAAGCUUCUCUUGUCACAACUCUCAUUUAAUCGGUUGAACGACCAGUCACGGGACAUGAGUCCAAGGCUAUCCGUAAAUGGAGACGAGCUGAGGAACUUUGAUUUCUCGAGCACCGGGAUGCAGAUGCUACAAAAAAGGCUUUCACUUGAAAGAAAUGAGUCCGGUUUAGAAUCUUUAGAUGGAAGCAUAGUCAGUGAAGUCGAAGGGGAAAAUGUGGUUGAUCGGUUGAAACGACAGGUCGAGUAUGAUGAGAAGCUUAUGAGUUCUUUAUAUAAGGAAUUGGAGGAAGAAAGAAAUGCAUCUGCAAUUGCUGCAAAUCAAGCAAUGGCCAUGAUUACGAGGCUGCAAGAGGAGAAGGCCAACCUUCACAUGGAGGCAUUGCAGUGUCUAAGGAUGAUGGAAGAGCAAAGUGAGUAUGAUGAUGAGGCCCUGCAGAAGGCAAAUGAUCUCAUUACAGAGAAGGACAAAGAGAUACAAGAUCUUGAAGCAGAACUCGAAUUUUAUCGGAUUAACUUUCCUAAUGCAUAUACGAUAGAUAAUCUAGUGGAGACUUCUGUGAAGGAAAGAGAUAUCAGGGUUGUUCAUUUAGAGUCAAAUCAGACCGGAACAAUCGGUUAUGGAAAUCAUGUUGCAGGUAAACCCGAUAUCCACGAGAAAGUUGGAAGUGAAGGUAGUACAUAUAACAAUUUAUUGUUAGAGUUUGAGGAUGAAAAGCUAAACAUCGUGCAAUGCCUUAAGAAGCUUGAGAAUAUGCUUUAUUUGUUUUCGAACAACGGGGUGAAGAUGGAUCUCAGCAAUGGUGAAUAUUUUGGAACCGAAGGAAGUUUUCCAAGUGGGACAAAUGAUCUUGAUUUGGAUAACUCAAAACAGAAAACACCAGGGGAAGAUGCUCACGCCAACGAUGAUCGCCUUCCCUCAGUCACAAAUUCUUCCUUUGAUAAAGAAAGUAGUGAACUUGACUAUAGUGAUAGGAAUUCCCUGUUGGCUACUGAAAUGGCGGAUUUCGCCUUUCUAAAAAAAGAGGUGUGCAAUCUUAACGAAAGGAUGGAAACACUCGAAGCCGACAAAAAUUUUCUCGAGCUCACAAUCAAUUCACUUAGAAAAGGAGAGGAGGGGCUUCAGUUUGUUCAAGAGAUCGCUUCCCAUUUGCGAGAACUACGGAAAAUCAAGACAAGAAGUUGAAGGACAGUUUGGUGAUAUUGUUCAAAGAAACUAUUCAAAAUUCUGUUUGAUCAUUUUCUAUCAGUUACAUCCAGGGGAGAGGGACAAGGACGACAUACACUGAGCACAAUUUCAGACAACUGUACAGUUCCAAUAGCUUGUUUUCUCCAAAGAUAUGAAGAAUACAAAGGAUUUGAAAGUAAAACAGUGUGACAUUAAUUCUUUUGGUGUAGCAAUUGCCACUUUUAGGAUUUUAACUCUUACUCCUUACCAAUAAUUUUGAUAUAUUGUGAUAAAUUGAGAGUACAGGUACAAAGUGAAGAAGGCAAGCUAGGAAAGUUCAUUCCUUCAGUUGGGAUGAGCUCUUGCUUUCUGGUUCAUCCUUUGAAGUCAAGAGUUGUUUAUUAGUUUGUUUUUCUUUCUUUUCCUUUUUGUUUUCCAUUUUUUUGAGUGGAUUGAAUGAGUUGGUCAUGUGUGAAUAUUGUAAUUGUAACAGUUUAUUUUGAUCAUUGUGUUGGUUGAUGAUCCCUAUGAUAAAUGAAAAGCCUUUUUUCACUCUC